AUGUCAACAGCCGUAGCUUCAGCAGCAGGAAAGAGUCCCACUCGCCCGUUCAGCAACACGGGCGAGAGAGUGUCCACCAUCGGAUACGGUGCGAUGGGCCUCGCAGCCUUCUACGGCAAGCCAAAGAGCCAGUCAGAGUGCGAUGCAGUCUUUGAGCGCCUCUUGCAGCUGGGCGUGACCUUUUGGGACACUUCUGACAUCUACACUUCUCGACCUUCUCUGGGUCAGGGCGAAGAGCAGUUGGGCUCAUGGUUCAAGAGCGCAGGCAAACGUGAUCAAGUCUUUCUCGCCACGAAAUGGGGCUUCGCUCUGGAUGGUCAGGGCAACAGGAGUCAACAUGGUGAAUACGAUUACGCCAUUUCGGCUUGCGAAGCAUCUCUCAAGCGCUUGAAUACGGACAAGAUCGAUUUGUACUACCACCAUCGUCCUGCUCCUGGUCAGAUCGAGGACAGCGCGAGAGCAAUGAGGGAUCUGAAGCAGCGCGGUUCCAUCAGAUAUGUCGGAGUGUCCGAGUACAAUCUGGAUCAGCUCAAGCAAUUCAACGACAUUGUCCACAUUGACGCUUUCCAAAUCGAGCUCUCUCCCUGGACACCUCAACCUCUCUUCAACGGCUUGGUGGAUUGGUGCACGGCGAACAAGACGCAAAUCGUUCCUUAUAGUCCUUUGGGCCGCGGCUUCUUGACUGGCAAGUAUCAAAAACCAUCCGACCUGUUCAGCGAGGGAGAUUUCCGCAGCGCAAAUGCGCGUUACACUGAAGAGGCCUUUGCGCACAACAUGAAGCUGGUGGAUCAGAUUCGUGCGAUUGCAGCGCAAAAGGGAGCCAACGUCACGCCCGGUCAAAUUUCGCUCGCUUGGCUCUUGGCGCACGGCGACAACAUCACUCCCAUCCCUGGAAGCACGCAGAUCGCAAACAUCGAGGAGAAUGCGAAUGCUGCUGCCAUCCAAUUGACGCGCGACGAAGUGGCUAGCAUCGACAAGUUGGUGCAGGAAUUCAAGACGCUCGGUGAACGCUACCCUGCUUCGUACCAAGCUACGCUCGCCUUUUGA